UUCUUCUCCUCCUCCACUUUUUCUCAGAUCUGUUUCUGAGAUUCUUCGAUUGCAUCUCAAAAAAUCUCAGCUAUGGCUACCUCCUCCGCCUGGAAGCUCGAUGACCAUCCCAAGCUCCCCAAGGGCAAAACCAUAGCCCUUAUCGUUUUAGAUGGUUGGGGUGAAUCUGCUCCUGAUCAGUACAACUGUAUCCACAACGCUCCUACUCCAGCCAUGGAUUCUCUUAAACAAGGAGCUCCUGAUACUUGGACGUUGAUCAAAGCUCACGGUACUGCUGUUGGACUUCCCAGUGAAGAUGAUAUGGGAAACAGUGAGGUUGGUCAUAAUGCUCUUGGUGCUGGUCGUAUCUUCGCUCAAGGUGCUAAGCUUUGUGACCUAGCUCUUGCUUCCGGCAAAAUCUUUGAAGGUGAAGGUUUCAAAUACGUUUCUGAAUCUUUCGACACACAUACUUUGCAUCUCGUUGGACUUCUCAGUGACGGUGGAGUUCACUCUCGUCUCGAUCAGCUACAGUUGUUGAUUAAGGGAUCUGCCGAGCGUGGUGCCAAGAGAAUCCGUGUUCAUAUUCUUACUGAUGGUCGUGAUGUUUUGGACGGUUCUAGUGUCGGAUUUGUGGAAACUCUUGAAGCCGAUCUCUCUAAGUUACGUGAGAAUGGUGUUGAUGCUCAGAUUGCAUCAGGUGGAGGACGUAUGUAUGUGACUUUGGAUCGGUAUGAGAAUGAUUGGGAAGUUGUUAAAAGAGGUUGGGAUGCUCAAGUUCUUGGAGAAGCUCCUCACAAAUUCAAAAACGCUGUUGAAGCUGUGAAGACACUGAGGAAAGAACCGGGUGCAAAUGACCAGUAUUUGCCUCCGUUUGUGAUUGUUGAUGAUUCAGGCAAAGCAGUUGGUCCCAUUGUGGACGGCGAUGCUGUUGUCACUUUCAACUUCAGGGCUGACCGUAUGGUUAUGCAUGCUAAGGCACUUGAAUAUGAAGACUUUGACAAAUUUGAUCGUGUGAGGUUCCCAAAGAUACGUUAUGCUGGUAUGCUUCAGUAUGAUGGGGAGCUUAAGCUACCUAGCCGUUACCUUGUUUCUCCCCCGGAGAUUGAUAGAACCUCUGGUGAAUAUUUGGCUCACAAUGGCGUCAGCACUUUUGCUUGCAGUGAGACUGUCAAGUUUGGGCAUGUCACCUUCUUCUGGAAUGGAAACCGAUCUGGAUAUUUCAACGAAAAAUUGGAGGAGUAUGUUGAAAUCCCAAGUGACAGUGGAAUAUCAUUCAAUGUCCAACCAAAGAUGAAAGCUCUAGAAAUUGGUGAGAAGGCGAGGGAUGCAAUCCUUAGUGGCAAGUUUGAUCAGGUGCGAGUUAACAUUCCAAAUGGAGAUAUGGUGGGUCAUACAGGUGAUAUUGAGGCCACAGUUGUUGCAUGCGAGGCUGCUGAUCUUGCUGUGAAGAUGAUUUUUGAUGCAAUCGAACAAGUGAAAGGCAUUUAUGUUGUGACUGCUGAUCACGGAAACGCAGAGGACAUGGUGAAGAGGGAUAAAUCUGGGAAGCCUGCUUUGGAUAAGGAAGGGAAGCUUCAGAUUCUAACCUCUCACACACUCAAGCCAGUGCCAAUUGCCAUUGGAGGUCCUGGCUUGUCUCAAGGAGUGAGAUUCCGUAAAGAUCUGGAGACACCAGGGCUUGCGAAUGUAGCUGCAACAAUUAUGAAUCUCCAUGGAUUUGUGGCUCCUGAUGACUAUGAGCCCACCCUAAUUGAAGUAGUGGAGUAGAAGAAUCGACAGCCCCAUCAGUUUUGAAGAGGGCUGAAACUCUCUAGUUUUCUUUCGUUGUUUUCUAAUAAUAAGAGUAUUACACAGACUACUUGUAUUUUUUAUUUUGGCUUUUAGCCAAAAACGUUAAUUUCACUUUACAUGAUAUUCAA